UGGCCCAUGUCUCUCUCUCGCCUUUCCCUAAAGACGGAGAAGAGAAACUCAACUAUCUUAUUUCGUCUUCUCCGACGAUUGUCUCAGCUGCGAUUGCGAAUCGGAGCCUAAGAGUAGUCAUACGGUUCCACGAGCACUCGUCUUUGAAGCUCUGAAGACUGCUACUACGUACCAUACACAAGAACAAGAGCCUGUCGUGAAAAAUGGAACAAAUAGAUGCAGGAGGAAGCACCACCGUCGCUGCGUCGACCUCUGAAGACUCGAGUUUAGAUCCGAUAGCACGAGUGAGGAAGCUCUUGUUCCGCCAGAUGCUCGUUGGAAUCAAAGACGGGAGAUUCUUCCUUGGCAGUUUCCACUGCAUUGACAAACAAGGAAACAUCAUUCUCCAAGACACCGUUGAGUAUCGCAGCAUCAGAAGAUCCUCUCCUUCCCCUACUGAACAGCGUUGUCUUGGUAUGAUCCUCAUCCCUGCCUCUUGCAGGACCUCUUGCCAUGUUGAUUGCUCUAUCGAGGAACAGCUUUCGUUGAUUCAGCUCAAAGAGUAGAGCCUUGAUGAUAGAAUGUCUCCGGAGCUUUGGUCUCUUCAUUAUGUCCUUGUAUUGUAUGAUGAAUGAUUUCACGUUACUUUGUGAAGAUAAAUGUAUACAUGCAUUGGAAGUCUUUUGGAGUUUUAUAUUUACAUUUAAUAGAGAAGAUGUUUGUUUU